AUGGAUUGGUUAAACAUUUCAUUAGGGAGCCUGGUUUUGACUCUUAUGUGUGGUAUUCAUUCUCGUUCGGCUCUUGGAAUCACAUCCAGUAGUGGUUGGAACAGCUCGCAAAAUCCAACCACUUCACCUACUUUAUUGCCCCCAACGCUUUCUCGUACCUCUAUUGAAACAGAAUUGUUUCAUCGCUCCGGGUUUUCACUUCUUAGAACACUUAAACCAAAAAAAGAGAUACCUACGCUUUUCGUCGGAAACUGCUUAGAAUUGAGAUUUUUGCCUUUUCUAUCUUUUCUGCUUUCAACUAAGGAUAAUAAUCCAAUUCUAGGGUUAGGGCGCUGUCUCCCGGACACUCCUCACUCUAAGGAAAAGAAGCACCUAGGGAGUAAAAGGUUCCAUGGAUAUAGGAGGUAUGAGUACGUUACAGCCCUCUAUCUAGUGUCAGGGUGUAAGGGAGAGAGGAAGUGA